AUGACAGACAGUCUGUUACCAACACCAAAUAGUAUAAAUCAGUCGAAAUUGUCCGAUAUGGAAAAAUCCGAAAAAAUGGAAAAUAAACUUGAUACCAAAGGACGAGAAGAACCAAAAACUGGCCGCCUCGUUGAUGCAAAGCAGCGUCGCAAAAAGAUGCACCAAGCGAAAGCCCUCAACAACAAUAUACAUGCAUGGCGAAAUGAUCAUUCGAUUGUAAAUCGACGUAAUCCUGGCGUGUUCAAACAAAUGAGUCAAGCUUGUCGCGAUCGGCUCGUACAAACACCAACGGUCAUUAUGAUGGUAGGUUUACCAGCACGUGGCAAAACAUACAUGGCUCGAAAAUUAGCUCGAUAUUUGCAUUGGAUUGGAAUAAAAACAAAAGUAUUCAAUGUUGGUGAUUAUCGUCGUGAUGCUGUGAAAGUAUAUACAGGCAACGAGUUUUUCAAUCCGGAUAAUACUGAAGCAGUAGCUAUACGAAACUUAUGUGCUCAGAAUGCAUUGGAAGAUAUGUGUAAUUAUCUUCAGAAUCAAGGUGAAGUAGCCAUAUUUGAUGCAACAAAUACGACUCGUGAACGACGCCGUACAAUAUAUAAUUAUUGUACAGAAGUAUGUUGUUUUCGUGUAUUUUUUGUCGAAUCAAUUUGUAAUUCUCCAGAAGUUAUUCAAGCAAAUAUUCGAGAAGUGAAACUUAAAAGUCCUGAUUAUAAAAAUGUAUCAGAAGAAGAAGCAGUUGAAGAUUUUCUUUUACGUAUUGAACUUUAUGUUAAACAAUAUGAACCUAUUGAUGAUAAGAUAACAGAAAAACAUUAUUCAUUUAUCAAAAUUUAUAAUUGUGGUGAACGAUUUCUUGUUCAUAAGAUUCGUGGUACUAUCCAAAGUCGUGUUGUUUAUUUUCUUAUGAAUAUGCAUGUUCUUCAAAGAACUAUCUAUCUUACUAGACAUGGUGAAUCGGAAAUGAAUGUUCAACAACGUAUUGGAGGCGAUUCACCAUUAUCACCAGCUGGUAUAACGUAUACCGAGGCUCUUGCCCAAUACAUCGCAAAUGAAAAUAUCAAGGAUUUGAUUGUUUGGACAAGUGCAAGACAACAAGCGAUCUGCACAGCAGCAAAAAUCAAUGCUCCUACGGAGCCAUUGAAAGCUCUCAAUGGAAUCAAUCCUGGUAUGUUUGAAGGUUUGACCUACCGAGAAGUAGCUGAACGAUAUCCUGAAGAGUUUGCUGCUCGUGAUCGAUCAAAAUACUACUAUCGAUAUCCGGGUGGAGAAUCUUAUCAUGAUCUUGUUGCUCGACUCGAACCAGUGAUUAUGGAAUUGGAAAGAGCAGAGAAUCUACUUGUUAUCUGUCAUCAAGCUGUAGCUCGUUGUAUUCUUGCUUAUUUUCUUGAUAAAGAUCCUGAACAUCUACCCUAUAUCAAAGUGCCAUUGCAUACAGUGAUUAAAUUGACACCAAUGGCUUAUGGUUGUAUGAUGGAAAGCAUACCACUAUCGGUUGAAGCUGUAAACACACAUCGUAGUAAACCAAAGAAUUGUGACCCUCAUCGACCAGUUGCAGAAGCACUUAAUGAAUUUCUCGAAGUACGUUCGGAAACCAAGACUGGUCCAACGACAAUCCAGAUCAUUUACCAGAAUGCUGGCACAGCUAUUGAAACGACCGAUGCCUAUGGGAAUCGAAUACAGCGUAGAGACAGUAUAAUCGGUGAUGUUUCACCGAAUAAUAGUUUUCCGCUGUCUUAUGAUAGUAUUAUCUAA